GCUGGCUCCUCAGCAGUCCGCGGCUGCGGCGGCGGCGUCGGCGGCGGCUGCGACGGCGACAUGGAGAGCGGGGCCUACGGCGCGGCCAAGGCGGGCGGCUCCUUCGACCUGCGGCGCUUCCUGACGCAGCCGCAGGUGGUGGUGCGCGCCGUGUGCUUGGUCUUCGCCUUGAUCGUGUUCUCAUGCAUCUUCGGUGAGGGCUACAGCAACACCCACGAGUCCAGACAGCAGUACUGCGUGUUCAACCGCAACGAGGACGCGUGCCGCUUCGGCAGCGCCAUCGGGGUGCUGGCCUUCCUGGCCUCGGCCUUCUUCUUCGUGAUCGACGUCUAUUUCCCCCAGAUCAGCAACGCCACUGACCGCAAGUACCUGGUCAUCAGCGACCUGCUCUUCUCAGCUCUCUGGACCUUCAUGUGGUUCGUCAGCUUCUGCUUCCUUGCCAAUCAGUGGGCAGCCACCAAGCCGGAAUACGUGCUGGUGGGAGCCGACUCGGCCCGGGCGGCCAUCGCCUUCAGCUUCUUUUCUGUCUUCUCCUGGGGCGUGCUGGCCUCCUUGGCCUACCAGCGCUACAAGGCCGGAGUGGAUGACUUCAUCCAGAACUACGUGGACCCCACUCUGGACCCCAGCACGGCCUACGCCUCCUACCCAGGCGCGCCUGUGGACAGCUACCAACAGCCGCCCUUCACCCAGAACGCCGAGACCACAGAGGGCUACCAGCCGCCCCCCGUGUACUGAGCUGCGGCCGGGGAUGGUAAGGGGAGGAGGGAGGGCGCCUGGGGGGCCUCCCCUCUUCCCGGACUCCUCCCCCGAGGCUGGUCUCCCAGAGCUGCCGGCCCCGCUCGAUCCACCUGGGGCCUGUCGGAGCUGACGCACGGCCUGGAGAGAGAGCCUCUGCCUCCUCGUCCUGGCUGCUGGCCUCAGAGCCUCGCCUGUGCCCCAGGGGGCUUCACCUACCACUCCUCGAGGGCAUUUUUUAGGGAAGGGUUUUUGGUUGGAUGGGUUUUGUCAUUGCUUUUAAUGAUCCCCAGCCCCACCUGAAGUAGCUCCAAGGGCCCGAUGUGCUGGUUUGACAAGUGCCUUAGCUUCUCCCCAGCCUGAAGGAGCCGGGCCACGUGCAGGCCUCGGUGGCCACCGCCCUCUGGGGGUCUCUGCCAAAGAUGAGGCUGUGG